AUGGCAAAUUUUAGUGCUCCUACGUUUUGGUGUAUGAUGACGUAUAUAAGGAUAGCUCGCCAAAUCCACCUAGAUGAAAACGAAAUCGCCUGCGCACUCCAUGGUGAUUCAAGUGAAGAUAUACUCGACUUAGAUGACGAUAGUUUGGCCGAUUCUGACUUUAAACCAGAUUUUGAAGAGUCGAUUGAAGAAUCUUUUGGAGCUGAAUUUGACAUAGACACGCUAGUAGACACCUUCAAUAAUGAUGACCGUAACUCCAACUUUGAAGUAUAA